UCUCCCAAUCCCCCUCUUCCCAACUCAAACCACUUCAAAUCCUUUAAAAAAAAAGAAAAAAAAAUCACCGACUUGCAAUCCCUCCACUGCUGAAGAACCUGAAGCAUAUAGACAAGCUUUCAAAGACCACUCCCUGGCUUCCACCUCCCACUCCAAAAGUCCCUCGGCUUCUCCUCCUUGGAGCACAGACCAUGGCCUCUCCCAGUGCUCGCCCAGCCGCAGCCAAUCCAAUCUCUAGGGCCCACCAAUUGAGUCCCCUUCUGGGCCUGGACCGCUCAAUAUCCAUCAAACAACUAAGAAAGCCUCGGCAACACCCCACGUCCAUCCAUUGCUCCGCCUCCUCCCAUUCCCUCCUCAACCUCCCCGCCCACUCCUCCUCCUACCACCCACCUUCUCUUUAUGUCAAAGAGGCGGCGACAAUUACGAAGCCCUCGAGCAAGCCCGAUCAACGGAAGCACCGCCGCGACGACGGCCGGAGCAACCGGCCCCAAUGGAAUUUCCUCCAGCGGCUGGCUUCCGCGGCGCUGGACAGCGUCGAGGACGCCUUCAUAUCGAACGUGCUCGAGCGCCCGCACCCGCUGCCCAAGACCUCCGACCCCGCCGUCCAGAUCGCCGGCAAUUUCGCCCCGGUCGGCGAGCAGCCCCCCCACCAUGACCUCCCCGUCUCCGGCCACAUCCCGCCGUUCAUCAAUGGGGUAUACGUGCGGAACGGCGCCAACCCGCACUUCCAGCCGGUCGCCGGCCACCACUUCUUCGAUGGGGACGGCAUGGUCCACGCCGUCCACCUCCGCAAUGGCGCCGCCAGUUACACGUGCCGCUUCACCGAGACGGAGCGCCUCCGGCAGGAGCGCGCCCUCGGGCGGCCCAUCUUCCCCAAGGCCAUCGGCGAGCUCCACGGCCACUCCGGCAUCGCCCGCCUCCUCCUCUUCUACGCCCGCGCCCUCUUCGGCCUUGUCGACCCCUCCCACGGCACCGGCGUCGCCAACGCCGGGCUCAUCUACUUCCACGAGCGCCUGCUCGCCAUGUCGGAGGAUGACCUCCCCUACCACGUCCGCGUCAACCCCUCCGGCGACCUCGAGACCGUCGGACGCUACGACUUCGACGGCCAGCUCCGCUCCGCCAUGAUCGCCCACCCCAAGCUCGACCCCGUGUCCCGCGAGCUCUUCGCUCUCAGCUACGACGUCAUCCAGAAGCCAUACCUCAAGUACUUCCACUUCUCCCCCGCCGGCGAGAAGUCACCCGACGUCGAGAUCCCCCUCGACCAGCCGACCAUGAUGCAUGACUUCGCCAUCACCGAGAAUUUCGUCGUGAUCCCGGACCAGCAGGUGGUCUUCAAGCUCCCGGAGAUGAUCCGCGGCGGCUCGGUCGUCUACGACCGGAGCAAAGACCUCCCGUUCGGAAUUCUCCCCAAGCACGCCGCCGACGCGUCGGAGAUGAAGUGGGUCGACGUCCCGGACUGCUUCUGCUUCCACCUCUGGAACGCAUGGAGGGAGCCCGGCACCGGCGAGGUUGUCGUCCUCGGCUCCUGCAUGACGCGCGACUCCAUAUUCAACGAGAGCGAUGAGACCCUCAGGAGCGUGCUGUCAGAGAUCCGGCUCGACCCGACCACCGGCCAAAAUCCACCCGACGGCCCAUUCUGGGCCCCUACCGACCAAUUGAACCUUGAGGCCGGAAUGGUGAACCGGAACAAGCUCGGCCGGAAGACCCGCUACGCCUACCUGGCCAUCGCCAAUCCAUGGCCCAAGGUGUCGGGCUUCGCCAAGGUCGACCUCUUCACUGGCGAGGUGGCCAAGUUCAUCUUCGGCGAGGACCGGUACGGCGGGGAGCCAUACUUCGUGCCGGGCACCGCGUCGUCGCCGAGGGAGGACGACGGCUACGUCCUCACCUUCAUGCACAAUGAGAAGACAUCCCAGUCGGAGCUGCUCAUCGUCAACGCCGUCGACAUGCGGCUCGAGGCGUCGGUGAAGCUGCCAUCCAGAGUUCCUUAUGGCUUCCAUGGGACAUUCAUCAACUCAAAGGACCUGGAAUCACAGGCAUAAAAGAGGAGAGGGGCCACGGAGCCGCUCCUCUUUUCCUCUAUAUCCACCUUCAUCCUUUUCUGGGCGGGAGAGACUUUACCAGAGGGAUAUGCUUCGCAUAGAGGUCCCCGGAGUCUCCUCGGUUAGUUUAUUCUGUUUUGUUCCUUUCUACAGUUGGUAAUAGCGAGAGAAGUAGAGACCAGCUUGUAGCUUUGUUGGGGCUGUACUUACUAGUUAGGUUCGCCGAGCUCAGCUGGUCUCUGUUAUUCUUUCCUUCCUUUCCUUUUCCCUUUUUUUUUUUUUUGUCCCCCUUAGUCUACAUAUAGUGAUACAGUUGAUGAAGAUGAUAGCUUUGUUCCCAUAAUAAUUCCGCCCACCAUCUUCUUGUGUCUAUGUAUUGAGGAAAGGGGGUUCUUGUAUUCCCGUGUGUAGGGAAGCACAGGUUCCCCUCCCCUUAGUAUCCUCUGUUGUGAAUAUUAUUCAGAAUAUAAUAUGUUGCACUUA